AUGCCGGAGCACUGUGCGGCGUAUUCCUGUGCCAACAGGCGGACAGCAGAGAACAGGGCUAGAGGAAUAACUUUUCACAGGUAGGAUUAAACAUUUUUUUCAACAUUACACUUGACUGUAGAGUCAUUUGUACGCCAAAGAGGAAGACUAUCGGUCAACUUCAAAAACGAAACAGCAUUUGCUAACAGCUAGCUUAUUCACCAUAAUAGCAACUUUGCUCUAUUAUCAACAGAUUUGCAUUAGAUUGAAAAACUUUUGUUUGAGAGAGGUUCUAAGAAACGUUAAGAAAUAAAAUAGAACGAAGAAGGAAGAAAGUGAGCUCUGUUAUCUGUUUUAUUAAAGAUUUCUUUGUGGUGAUCUCCUGUUUCAUUUUGAAGAUUUCCUAAGGACAAAAAUUUGAAGAAGAAGUGGGAGAUUGCUGUAAGGAGGGAGAAAUUCACAGCAAGGGAUUCCACUGUGCUCUGCAGCCAACAUUUUAAGGAGGCAGACUUUGACAGGACGGGACAGGUUGUCCGCAUCCGAGAUGGCGUUAUUCCGUCCGUCUUCAAGUUUCCAGGUCACCUCCAAAGAGUAGGUGCAUCACAAUAAAGUUGUUUUAUUCUAUUGAUUACAUUGCAUGAAUUACUUAUUGUGAUUCCCUCUCUAUCUAUCUAUCUAUCUAUCUAUCUAUCUAUCUAUCUAUCUAUCUAUCUACCUACCUACCUACCUACGUCUUUCUGUUUUGUCUUUUUUAUUUUUUUAUGUCAUUUCAGGCAUGUUGGGUGGUUUAUAAAACACCCAGGGUAUCAGACAAUUUUAUUUCAUUAUCUAGUUUGUUCCAAAGCCUCACCCCGUUGAAAGAGAUAGUGAAAGACUUAAUGGUGGUUCUUGCCACUUUUCCUCUUCAUUUUAGCCAGAAAAAAGCAGGAACACAUCUGCCUCCAGAAAAUCUGAGGCGAGCCUGUCUGAGACUCCUCAGGAUAACUCAGAGGCCUCAACCUCACAUUCUGAAUCUCAGCCUGAAGAUGUGAGUAUUUCAAUUUUACACAUAAGCAUGUCAUGAUGGUUUUAGAGACUGGUAGCGGAUUUGACAACUGAUGACUUUUAGAAAUAAUGCGAGCCCAUCUGUGUGAUACAGCUAGUAAAACAUAACUCAAACAAUGCUCAUCUCUCCUUUUCCUAGGAUCACAGCUAUGUAAUGCCUUCCUCCCCGACCGCUUUAAAGGCCAGACUCACCGGAGCUUUGGAAAGAGUCGAUAAAUUGGAGCGAGAAAAAAAGAAUGCCAAGGCACGUGAAAAGAGGGCGAAGACAACCGUGAAGAGUCUUCUAUCACAAUUAUGUGAAAAGAAUCUCAUUAAUGAAGAGCUCAAGGACAGACUUGAGUUCUACUCAGGUAUGAUGAAAUUACCACUGUGAAAUGUAUUUAUUAGCUAAAACUUGUAGUCAUAAUUGAAGGUGACAUGUGAAUUUUGCCUCAAACUAUUUCAGAUCUUAAACUAGACUUCAUGGCCAGGCGGGGUCAUGAGUACUCAAAGGAGCACAGGGAAUUUGCCCUGACCCUCCAUCUUCAUAGUCCUAAGGCAUACAGAUACCUUAGAGACACUAUGAACUUUCCCCUCCCCCAUCCACAUACAUUACAAAGGUAGUCCUAAUGUUAUCAAAUUCAGUUUCGGGAAGUUACAUACAGUAGCAUAGGCUAUAUAUUUAACUGCUAUUCCUCAAUAUUUUUUGUACAGAUGGCUUUGUUCUGUGGAUGACAAGCCUGGCCUGAACAAAAUGAUGCUGGAUAUGCUGGAAAAAAGACGGAAGGAUGACCAUGCUAAAUAUGGGCGUGUUGCACUCAUGUUAGAUUCCAUGGCCAUAAGAAAACAUGUGCAAUAUAAUCCGCACAACCAGUCAAUGUCUGGCUUUGUAGACAUGGGUGAUGGAAACAAUGAGACUGAUGUUGCUACUGAGGCGCUUGUGUUCCUGGUGGUUGGCCUUCAAGGACAUUGGAAGGCUCCCAUUGCAUAUUACCUGACGAAGACUCUGUCCCCAGACACACAAAGGGUCCUUCUCACUCAUGCAUUGGAGGAGCUGCAUGCACGGGGUAUUCAGGUGGUAUGUGUCACAAUGGAUGGCCAUGCUACAAACAUCAGCAUGUGCAAUCAACUUGGUUGUGAGCUGAGGGGUAACCCACAAGAGCCACUUAAAACCAGUUUCCCACAUCCGUCGACUGGUGACCAAGUAUUUAUAAUGAUGGACGCAUGCCACAUGCUGAAGUUGGCACGUAAUAUGUUGCAGGUAAAUUAUAAAUGUUGUAUACCUAUUGGUAUAAGUUAUGUCUCUGCUACUAAAAGUUGCACAUUUAUUACUGGAUGUGAAGAUCAACAUUGUGCUGUUUGUACUUGUUUGAGCAGUGACCAAUUCUUUCUCUGCAGUCAUACAGUCCGAUUGCAUCUACCAGUGGACAGAUAAAUUGGAGGUACAUUGAUCAGCUCAAUGAUGUACAAAAAAAAGAUGGACUGCAUGCUGCAAAUAAAAUUACAGACAAGCAUGUCCACUUUGAGAACCAAAAGAUGAAGGUUUCCCUAGCCGCACAAACACUGAGUCGCUCAGUGUCAGUGGCUCUCCGCACAAUGCGAGAUCUUGGGUACUCUCAGUUCAGAGACUGUGAGGCAACAGCAGAUUUCAUCGAGGUAAUUCCUAAUAAUUCUGAUUGUAUCAUAGGUUUUUUCCACAAAUUUAAGGUUUUUCGAUAUUUAACUGACAUGACAUUUAUAUGCCAAUAUUUUUUUUAUAGAUGAUUGACAGUCUCUUUGAUAUUAUGAAUGGACGCAAUCCUCGUGCCAAAGGAUUCAAAGCUCCUUUCGGUGCUUUGAAUUUGAUAGAGAGGAAAGCAUUUUUGUCAAGAGCCAGAGAGCACUUGCUCACUUUGGCGACAAAAGAUGGAACACCCCUCCACCGCUCUAAGAGGUCUUUUAAAAAAGAUCAUUAAAGUUGAAAGUUCGAGAAAGUUACUGCAUGAGUUCAUUGAAACAGUUCCAGUUUUUGUUCCAUGCAUCGAGUUCAUAAGAUGCCUCAUUCUGUAUCAGGUUUAUAUGAUACAGUAUAUUUUCUUUUUGUUGUCUGCCAACAUGCUCUUUAAUUACAAUGUUUUUCUGUCCAGUUGUAUUUGUCCAAAUUAACGUGUAUUCAGUGUUUUUCAGGUCCCAGAUGCAUAUAAAUCUAUUUUCCCCCCCCCAAUAUCGAGAUUUGUAGGUGUCAAAAAGAGAGCUUCUAUGUACGAGGGAUGUUUUCGUUUUUUGUCACUUAUCCGGGUUGCAGGGGCAGCAGCUUCAGGAGGGAGGUCCAGAUCUCCGGUGGGAUCCCCAGACGUUCCCAAGCCAGGCGAGAGACACAAUCCCUCCACCUGGUCCUGGGUCGGCCACAAGGUCUCCUCCCGGUUGGACAUGUCUGGAACACCUCUAA